AGGUAGUUGAAAUGACGCAUCAGCAGCGCAAUUUCCCACCACCAUCACCAAGCGGCGACGACCGUUCCAGAUAAUGGCCACUUUGCAGCAGAAGUUACCGGAAUCUAGCAGCGGCAGAUCUCCAAAAACUCCUGCCAGGAAAAUAUUAUGCACCACCAUCACCGCAACAACCACCGAUAUGUCAACGUGGCGUUCCAAUACGACAAUGCACCCUUACAUCAACGAUAAUGCAAAAUCUCUUUCGGAAUUCAACAACAACAUCUUUGGCGUAAAUACGAUGGUUCAGGGCCACAAUAAAAACCUUCAGGAACCCACGAGAAAAUCCAUAAUGCCAACAGCUGCUCACAAAGUAGAAAAGCAUGGAUUGAAACAGAGCCUACCGAAACUGCUCUGCCUCAAAAAGUCACCCAGCUCAAACUACGAUGAGUUACAAACUCUCAAUGUGAAUGCUUUGAGGGAGGAUUACAACUCCAACAAGUGUACGCUAGAUAACUCGGCAUCUUCGUCUCAAUCUGGAGAGCAAGAAGGUAGAAAAAAUAGAAACAGUUUUCAUCAAAAUGUAGAAGAGGCUUUGAGCUCCUUGCUAUGGCAGCCCUAUGAGUAUCAGAAUAAUAGUGGAAAGUCUCUUUCUCUAAGCUCCAGUUCCUGCAGCAGUCGAUCCUCAUCUUCGCUGGCCGACCUUGACGAAAUAACAAAGAGCUGCUCUGACAUCCUCGGCGCUCCGACGUGCGACCCACAUGCCUGCGCCGCUGCCACCGCGACCGAGAUGGUUAUUCACCUGCCUGCAGCCGACAGCCAAUCAGCGUCCGCAGCGCCUACACGUGACCCGCCGAUCGCGCAGCGCGCACCGAGUCGACUCAGCCAGCCGCUCAGUCUCGCUGCGACCGCGCGCUUGUGCACUUCUGAACACGCAGCCGCCAGUUGUCAUGUCAACGGUGGUGAUAUGCAAGCCAACGGCGGUACGACUACCCCCUUGUUCGCGAGUACGCUGAAUCUAAGUUCCGCUAAUGUCGUCGGAUUGCCCGGGAACCACUCGCGAUAUGCCUCGGUACCGGUGCAAACGCGGCCAAUCGCGUUCCCGAACCAUAGCAGGAACGUGUCGGAACCGGCUAGCCAAUUCUUGAAGUUCGGGAAUAACACUGCAGUAGUACCAGCUCAUCGACACAGUUCUCAUCAAGUGGACCAGAGCAAUUUGCACCAGAUAAACAACCAGCUGCGAAGUAGUUCCGUGCCUAACUCGGCGCCGCCGCGACAGGAAAGCGGUACGACUACAAGUAGUACGAUCAGCGUGCCUAAUGUGCUUGUGAGUGGCGUCAAUAGGUACAACCAGAAACCUCAAAAUGUGAGCAACGUGAACGUGAAUUUUUAUAAAGCAGUACCUGUCAAUGUAGCGUCUUCGGUACCAACGAUUCAUUGUCUCAACACUGUCCAAGGCAACGAUGUUUCUAACGUACAAGUACUACCUUUGGGGACGAAUUUCAGUUCUCCUCAAAGCACGAUAUCCGCAGGUAGUAGCGGAAGUCCUGCACAUGUCAGCGGUACGACACAAGUGAUACUCCAUAAUACUCCAGAGAAUCUUAAUAGGAACACCCUACUGGAACCUCAUUUCGUACCAAAUUCCACCAGUAUAACGAACUUCCUGCCUCCACCUCCAAUAACUACGUCAAGCAGCAAUGUCAUUAUUCAGAAUGCACGUACUAUGGUCUCAUUGGUCGGUACCACCUCACCAGCAAGGACCUACACCAAUGCAGGUAUAAACACCGUACAAGUAUCAACAAGUACUGCUCCUCCAGCACGACCAGGAAGGACCUUUACCAGCACCGAAGCUCAGACAGAUGACAUAUCGGUACUACCUCCCAUAACAGUCGACACGAGGGAGCAUCGUCGUCGCGAACGUCGGGAAAGACGUCACCAACGUCGUAUCGCCAAUGGGGGUGUCGGUACUCAUCGGGAAAGUAGUACCCAGGUGAACGAUCGUCUUCCAGACUUGUUGAACAGCCAUCUGCCGCCUCCGUAUACUCCCGCACCGCCACCGCAGAAUGUGCUGGGUGCGAUGCCGCCCUCUAUGGUACCACCUCCGGCUAUGGUACCGCCUCCUCCCGGUCAUCCUGCGGGAGCGGCCGUGCUCCAAACAGUGGUUCCUAAUAAUAUAGUGCCUCCCAGUGGAUUUGUUUACCCUCCUCCUCCACCAGUGGUUCCAGGUCAGGUACCAUCUAUGGUGCAAGGAGCACCGUCAGUCGCAGUACCGGUACCGUCACCCACUGGAUUUCGGUUUCCGUUCCCUUCGAAUGGAUUUAGAAGGUAG